AGCAUUUCCCAUGUAUAAAAUGGUAAAUUCACAUCAUUUUUUUAAGAUGGCAUAUGAAAAGUUAAGUUAAAAUGCAUAAUCUUUUACCAUUUUGUUCCAUCUCUACCCUUAGUAGGUUAUCAGAUGGCUAAAAUAAAUAAAUAAAUAAUAAAUUCCCUCACCAUCGUAUGAGAGCAUUGAAUCGCAUCCCUUCACCUCCACGUCCGGUUAAAUCUUUCAAUUCAACCCUAACCCUUCGAUUUGCCAGCCGUUCCAACUGAAUCUGAUUUAACCCGUUGUCAAUGAAAUGAAAGUCAGAUGCAAGCAAGGGUGUCCGAUUAGGGUUCCUUAGUGACGAAUAAGGUGACACAUUCUUGUUCGGUUCUUGUCCUCCGUGACGUUACUGCUCGAAUCUGGGAGGCGUUCUGGCCAGGAGAAGACAAAUAUGUUGUUUUAUUAUCUAGAUAGCAGCUCUUCUUUGGUGCUGCAGUUCAAGGUGGUAUUUUCAGCGGAGAAGGUGGUGAUGAAACCGAAGAUAUCCUUCUUUUGGAUGUGGCCCCUGGGUAUCGAAACUGCCGGAGGAGUGAUGACCAAGUUGAUCCCCAGGAACACCGUUAUCCCAACCAAGAAAUCUCAGGUGUUCACCACAUACCAAGAUCAACAGACCGUUGUGUCGAUUCAGCUCUUUGACGGUGAAAGGAGUCUUACAAAAGAUUGAAGACUGCUCGGAAAGUUUGAUCUUUCUGGCAUCGCACCAGCUCCAAGGGGAACCCCGCGGACAUUUGAAGUAGACGCUAACGGUAUCUUGAACGUGAAGGCUGAGGAUAAGGGAACUGGGAAGGCAGAAAAAUCACAAUCACGAACGAAAAGGGGCGAUUGAGUCGAGCGGAUGGUUCGUGAAGCUGAGGAAGAUAAGAAGGUGAAGGAGAAGAUCAAUGCCCGUAACGCCCUCGAGACUUACGUGUCCAACAUGAAGAACCAAAUCAGUGACAAGGAUAAAAUGGCCGACAAGCUAGAAGCCGAUGAGAAAGACAAGAUUGAAGCGGCAAUAAAGGAGGCUCUUGAGUGGCUCGAUGACAAUCAGUCGAUGGACAAAAAGGAGUAUGACGAGAAGCUAAAAGAGGUGGAAGCUGUUUGCAACCCAAUUAUCACGUCUGUUUAUCAGAGAACAUGUAUCCUCGCCUGCCUUAAAUAUCCGACAUUGAUUUUCGUUUUCCGUUUCAGUUCAAAUUAUAUGUUCUUAAGCAUCUUUAAUGUGUAUUGGUGUAACUUUUAGAAAUUGUAGUUAAUCCGGUAUUGUAUAUUCAAGAGGAGUGGGAGCUACAUGGCCUAUGAGAAGCACAUGGAAUGCAGGGAGAGAAUUACGUCCAAUUAUCAGUAUUCAAAGAAGGCGUAACUACCAACCAGCGUCGAAAAGAGGAGUUCCAGUUCAGUUUCUGGACUACAUUUUCUAUGCAGAACACAUGGAGAGAAGUGAUCAUCUUGUGGGUAGGCAAAAAUGGUUUGGUUGAUUUUUGGCCAGUGGUGCACAAGUCUUCUUCAGGUAUAAAAAACUACAGCCCAACCUUAUUUAGAUCGGAGUUUUGUUCGGAAAUUAAACAUUUGUUCGACGCCAAUGACGACGACAAGGUUUACAUGUGUGGCACUCAGAUCACAAGUUUUCCAUAUUGAUAUUUAUCUAUCUCCAGCAUGGCGAAUAUCUUUAUCGUUGCACCUGAAAGCUUGUCGAGUCUAUUUGAAGGCACACCAAGAAUACUGAAAGACGCCCAAAGGUUUAUUCAGCUUAUAAAAGUGCAAAAAUUGCAGCCAAACUCAGCUACCUUUGGCCAAGCUCUUAAAGCGGAAGCGUACUUUUACCAUCAGAGUAAUAUUACACAUUCUAUCUGCAAACAAGUUAAGUUGAUCACAAUGGCUGAUAACAAUGCCACCGUAAUUGCUUCAUCUGACAAAUUGGAUACCGCGCUUGAAGACGCGGUAAUUCCUUCCUCUUCAGCAGAUCAAGAAGCAGGCGGUGUCAUCAGGAACAGGAAACGCCGCCGCACAGACAAUGGCAGCGAGAAUGGUAAACAACUCUGCACAGAAAAUGAGGAAGACAUGAGUGGCCGAGAUAAAGUUAGUCGUGUCCGUGCUCCUCGUAUGAAUCGUGACGAAUUCUUUCAGCGCUACCCGAACAUAGCUGAGAGUGUUGGCCAUUUCUUUCCGUAUUGCCAUACUCCGAUUAGUGCAAAUGUCAUCGGAGAUUGCUUCGCCUUUGCUUCUCCAACCAAACUUGACGCCUUGGAAGGGGAGUGGAUAAAUUACUUCAAUGAGAGCUGCCAAUGUACUCGACAACGAAUGACAUUCAUGCCCAAGUACUCUGCGUUAUUUCAGCUAUCUCAGGGGGCGUACAAACAGCCAGCGACUUCUGAUAACACGAGGAAACAACGGGUAAAGACAAGGAGUGAAUUUGCUUCUAAGUAUCCGCUUGUAACCGCGGGUUUUGAUGAUUAUACGUGUCUACCACGAAAUGAUGUGAAGGACAUCAGGUUAGACUAUUUGAUGUCUACUGCUGAACACCAGCUCAGGGAGCUCGAAGCUGAACACGCGUCGUUUUACGAAACCCGGUUUAACCUUGCUAACAAACUUAUCCUGCUCAUAGAUAAACAGACCAGGUUACUUCAUGUGGGUGCAAAGGAAUACAGGAAAUACCAUAAAUCUAUAACUAAGGCUGUCAAGAGGAAUGAAUCGUCUUGCUGAGGAAAGCUUUGAGGUUUAUGAAGAGAUAAUUCGUUAUUUUAAAUGGCUUGAAUUUGAUUAAUUAAUUUACAUUGUAAACCUCUCAACUUUUUCUAUGAUUCCCGCUUUGCUUAAGUGAAUGCUGCUUGGUAUUGUAGUAUUUGGGAAUUUGGUGUUCU